UUCCGAGGUUCCAAAGACUUGAAGAUGUUGACCCCAACCGGCGUCUCGGCGGUGUGCCACCUUCUCGACGUGGGGAGCGGCUUGAAACUCUUCCCCUUCGAUUUCGACCCGAAAGAAAAGUGUGUCAAGCGGGCGGGCCGCGGGCAUCGGUUUUACUUUGACCUCCAUAAAACCGCGAUUUACGUGAUGACUCUGUUUUCCGCGGUGCGACUGAUCCAAGCCAUGAGCAGGGACCAUUUUCCGCUAGUGCUGCGCAUCUUGAAUAUGGUCUGGCUCGCGGCGUAUACGCUGGGCGCGAUUUGCUACGCCCAGUUUGCGCGGAAGGAGGGCGAAAUGAUUGAGUUUGUAAAUUGCUUGUUGGGAUAUAUGAGGAGGACGAGUAUAAAUAAGAAUCCUCAUAAUUUCAAGUCGGAGAAAUCUGACAAAAAUGGCACUUCCGGUAUGUCAGAAAAUUGGCCCGUGUCGACCAUGUCGUCGUACACGUUGGCGGAGUCCAAGUCGCAGAAAUACCUGACGUACUACGUGUACCUGGGACUUAUCAUGCUGGCUGCGAAUCCGACAAUUCACAUCCUUCUGGUGGACGAGAGCCCGUGUGCGCCCCACUUCGUGAGCUCACUUUUCCUCCCGUGCGAAGGAUUUCGGGAUUAUUACAUCCCGUUUUUGCACAAAAUUCCCUUCAUGGCGAUCGAGUAUUAUUUGACGACGGUCUUCUUCUUCUCGUGGUCAUUCAAUUGGGCAGUGAUAUUUUUGGGGAUGUCCUGGAUCGUGGCGGAAUUGAGGAGGAUGAGCUACAAUUUAUCCCAAGGAUUGGAGACGACCGUGCAGCAGUACCGUUCCAUCGAGUGCAUCGCCAUCCUGAUGAACGACGCAUUUUUCAUGUACCUCUCCACCUUCCCGAACCUCCUCUUCGCCAUCGUGUCCAUCCUCAUGUUCGGCGUCAUCCGCAUUUGGCACUACGACCCCGGAUCCAAUCUCAUGUUUCCCCUGUGCGGGAUCCGCUGCGCGUUCGAGGCCGUCACUCCGCUCGCCGUGGCGGGCGAUGUGAACGAUAAGAACAAGGAGGUCGUCGCCAAGUGGAAGCUGGGCGUCGUGGCGCGGAGUGCGGCGAAAAAGGAGGCGAUCGCGUAUCAAAAGUCGUUUCAUGCCGUGCGAUGCACGGCCGGGUCGCUGUACACGUUCGAAAACUCGAUCGUUCUCUGUUGUCUGAACAAUUGUAUGCAGUUGACGCUCAAUUUGUUCCUCACCUUUAAAUAAAUACUUGUUAAGAAUUUGAUAAAUUUUGCGAUUUUUCGAUUUUCAGAAAAAUAUGUAUAAAAUUGGUUUUUACAGUGGAAUGAGUUCCCAAAAUUCAAACUUUAAAAUUGUGGGUUAAGAAAAUUUGAUAAAUUUGAGCAUUUCUUGUAGUUGCCCAAAUAUGAAUUAAAUUGAUGUUUUCAAGGA